AUGCAGACCAUGAUAGGAGUGUGCGUAGAUCUUGGCCGCAGGGUGUAUGCGUACAUAAAUGUGCUUUACACGUUCGUGUUGGAAGAAAACGAAGACACGGAGUUUACGUUGUACAACGGCGCGGCAGAAUCGCUCAACACGCUCCUUGGUGCCUUAGCCGCGUUCGCUAUAAGCAAGGUAAAUUGGAAUUGGUAUUUUGUUGGCGACAUUUUCUUCGCCGUUGGAUCUUUUAUUGCCGCCAUCGUGUUAUUGUGCUGUGUUUAUUGCCGAAACUUAUGGUACAUCUACGCAUUCUACAUCAUAUAUGGAAUUAUGUAUCAAACUAUGUUGACUAUUGCUGAGUGAGUUUAUUUCACGCGUA